AUGUUCUUUGAACAACAAAACAAAGAAAACACUAUUCUAUUCGAUGACAUCCUUGUCGACGUAAAAGUGAAUUUCAACAAUGAAAAGCGAUCUGCGUCAAUGUUCAAUCUUCGUCAUCCCAAUUCAUCAUUCUUAUCACCUGAACAACGAACCAAUGUAUCGGAUGCAAUAAUAAUUCUUGAUGGCGACGAUAGCGAUAGUGACAUUGAAAUCAAUCAGAACACGUCGGAUUCAACUGAACAGGAAAAUCAAGAUCAGAUACUUCUGAAAAGUUUCAUCCCGAAACUUGAUAUUGAAAGUGAACUGAUACAUGUAACAUCGAAUCUAACACUUCGAAUAUGUACAGCCGCAUUGUUUUAUUCGAAUCUACCUGAAACUCAUAUAAUUGUGGUCAAUCAUAUUUUGAAUUCCUCGCCAGAGUGUGUCCCGAAACGACAUUUAUUUAUCAGUAGCACAAACCCAUUAUUGUCAAUCCCUAUUCGUGCUCGUGUUUUUUAUCGCUGUUCAUCGUUACACGGCUUUGUAUACGAAAAACCUUGUCCGAUCAAAAAUGGCAAUCGAUAUCUUAUCCUUUACGAUAAUUAUAGUGCUAGUUAUCAAAGUGCGACAACAUUUCAUCUUUGUCUCUGCCAAGAUUUCAACAAACAUCUAUUGAAUUUUGAUUAUAACGCUCUACAAACAUAUUAUCGCGAUGCAUUUCGACACUGUCAUCAAAAGACACAACCUCAUUUUAGUAUAGGGAUGAUAAUUCGCGUGCGAAAGUUCGAUGGGCGGUAUCACAAUGCACGGAUCAUUGAGAAAGAUUAUUCACUGAUAAAAAUCUGUUUCUACGAACGCAAAUCGCAAAGUGAAAUGUGGAUUUAUUGUCAUUCAUCAAUAAUUGAAGCGUCGCAAGACUUAUCAUUAUCAGAAAAACUUCGAAUAUCAUCACCUUUAUCAUCGUCUCAAUCUCAACAUUCAAUAACAGAUUUAAUCAUCUCCAAUUCUGAUGUAUCACGUUUACGCAAACGGAAAACGAAUGUCACACAUAUCGAUGAAGGUAAAAAGAAGCUUCGUGACCGAUCAAAUACAAAACAAUUAGCAAUUCCCGAGCGUCAAUUGUCAUCAUCCAGCGAUGAAACGCACACCACUUCACGCGCGAAUAUGCUCACAGCAUAUUAUACUGAUAUCCUUCUACCGAAAUUUCGUCUAUUAAACAACAUCUCAUAUGUUCAGCAUAAAUGUGAUUCACGGUGUGUUUUAUUAGCUGAAGAAAGGUUUCAUCCGACUCGAUUACAUACGAAUCCAUUUUUACUACCGUUUGAAUGUCAAUGGUCUAUUCUGGAUGGUAAACCACGUGGAUAUCGUACACCUUGUCAACGAACAUUCUACUCACUCGAUGAUAUCGAAAAAUAUCUCUUUCGAACGAAUUCGAAACUAUCCAUCAAGUUCUUUGUCGAAGAUCUCGUUACACGAUUUGCACCAGCAUUGGAUAAAUUUGAUAGAAAAUUCAUUAUCAACGAAGAUCUGUCAAACGGACAAGAGAAUAUUCCUAUAUCAGUCUAUAAUGAUUUAAAUGAUGAUAAACCAAAUAAUUUUACUUAUGUAACACAAAUCCGUCCAUUUGACAAUCAAAUUUAUACGGCUUUCAAUGACACAAGUAUGAUGUCGUGUUGCAAUUGUACUGAUAAUUGUAGUGAUCGAAUGAAAUGUGCUUGUUUUCGUAAAACAUUAAGUCAAGCCGUACUGAACCACGAUCCACACGUUAUGGACAAACAACGAAAUAGACAUUCGCUUUCCGGUAUUAUCAAGAGUAUAGGCUAUCAAAAGAAACGAUUACUUAAUCCAGUUUCAAGUGGAAUCUAUGAAUGUAAUUCGAAAUGUUCAUGUCAUCGAGAACAUUGUUCAAAUCGACUUGUUCAAAAAGGUCUAUUCGUUCAAUUACAAUUAUUUCAAGACAAACAUAAAGGUUGGGGCUUACGAACAUUACAUGAUCUACCACGUGGAACAUACAUAUGCCAAUAUAUUGGAGAAUUAAUAACGUCAGAUCAAGGACAUGAACGUGCUCAAACAAUGGAUGAUCGCUAUCAGACAAGUCUCGAUUUAGUUAAACAAAUUCAUUAUGAGGAUAACAAUACACAUCGCCAAAAUAAUGAUGAAGAAGAAGAAGAUCCGUAUGUGAUCGAUGGAAGCUUAUACAGUAAUUUAGGAAAGUAUUUUAAUCAUUCAUGUGAUCCAAAUAUGUACAUUCAAAAUGUGUUUAUUGAAUCGCAUGAUUUACAUUUUCCGAAUUUAGCGUUAUUUACUCGUACUCGCGUGAAAGCUGGCGAAGAACUCACUUGGCAUUAUAACUGCGAAUUAUUACCCGAUCGUGCAAAAUUUGUUCUCUCGUCAGCAGCAACGGCAACAGCAGGAGCAAUCGCAAUAACAACUGCAUCUCUAUCAUCAUCUCAAUCUCUUUCACAAUCGACAGACGAGUCUUCGACUGCCGCAGUCGUUAUGACACAACCAUCAUCAGCAGCACAGCUUUCUGACAUUGUCCGACAGAAAUCGACGACAAUGCCAACAAAUCAUUGCUCAUCGGUGCAAUUACAAGAUGAUGCAUCAUCAUCAUCGGGCAAAACACGUUUACUUCAGCGGAUGAUUUCAUUAAGACGUUCAUCAAGUAGUAAACCAUCAACACCAAUCCUAUCAUCUCACGUUUCAUCGACAUCAUCAUGCCGAUCGUACAACGUACGUGCUUUUGAAAUCGCACGAGAUCGCAAUCUUCGUCAUUAUCCUUGUAUUGUUCAUUUUCUCGAUGAGACUGAACGAAUAUUUCAUAUUGAUCGUCGUUGCAAAGGAAUCGAUUUGCUCAACGAAGUCUUCGAUUAUUUGGAUUUAUCAAUCGAAAGGAAAUAUUUCGGCUUAUUAAUCGAAGAUUUAACACAAGAUUUCGCCUAUCGAUGGUUAGAUUCAACAAAAGUUCUGAAGAAACAACUGACAACAAUGGCGCCUUAUCAUCUAUAUUUCAAAGUUCGCUUUUUCCUAACGGAUCCAUCGACACAAAUCGAUGAUGAAUUCACAAAAUACUUAUAUGUUUUACAAAUCAAGAAAGAAUUACUCAGUGGAAAAAUGUGGUGUCCAAGAUCAACAGCUGCAGUCUUAGCAAGUUACCUUGUGCAAAGUGAACUUGGUGAUUAUGAUCCAGAUGAACAUCAACAAGGCUAUUUGGAAGACUUUCGUUUCGUUCCAUUUCAAAACAUGGAAUUCGAAAAUGAAGUUGAACAAUAUCAUAAACAACACAAGGGUCAAUCUCCAGCUGAAGCUGAAGUCAAUUAUCUCCAUGUUGUCAGUUCAUUAGAUAUGUAUGGUGUUGAACUACACAAAGCUUCGGUUAAAGUAUGUAAUACAAAUGAUAAUGUUAAUAAUUCGAUUGUCGAAUUAUAUGUUGGCGUUUGCGCAAUUGGAAUAUCUGUAUUUCAAAAUUCAACGAAAUUGAACACGUUUCCUUGGGAUCGUAUAACCAAAAUCUCUUUCAAGCGUCGAACAUUCUACGUUCAACUUGUUAAGAAUCUCACUGAAGAUGAUAUUCCACCACCUUUAUAUGUACUGAAUUCGUCGGACGAUAAUUCAAUUGUAUUUACAUUACGUAGCUAUCGUUGUUGUAAAUAUUUAUGGAAAUCAUGUGUCGAUCAUCAUACAUUUUUCCGUCUGACAACAAUCUCACCCUCGCCAAAGAAAUUCUUUCAAUUUACUAAUAAAUUUCGACAAAGUAGUGAUGUAGUACCAAAUGGACUAUUGAUAGAAGCAAAUGGAAAAAAGCCAAAGACAUUCGAAAGGGUUUCAAGUCGAAGAAAUAGUCGCACAACGAAUGGCUCGUCAACAUUACCAAUUUCAACAGCAAAUACGACUCUUUCAUUGAAACGAAAUUCAAACCUGAAAACUGUCCUUUUUCUCUCUUCAUCUUCAGUUUCAAUUGCCAAAUCUGAUAAACUUGCUAACAACCGUUCACCUCCACCUCCAAAACCUCCUCGAUUACCGUUUAAUUGUACAAAAAUUCCUCAAACAAAUCAUUCGCCUUCAAAUAAUACUAGUAAUAACCAUGCACUGAUGGAAGCUAAUGAAUAUAAACCAAAGAAUGCAACAUUACCGAGAAACUCGGAGUAUCAAAAUAGCUCUGAAAUGUCUAACGGGAUCAAUUACAUCGAUUCGUCAAUUAUUCCAACAGUUUUGGAUACAAUCCGAAUCAAAUUACAAUCAGAUGGUGAUGGCCGAUAUGGAUUCAAUGUUAAAGGCGGUGGGGAUGAACAAGUGCCAAUCGUUGUCUCACGAGUAGCUGUGGAUACGCCAGCUCAUCGAGCAUUACUUCACGAAGGAGACGAAAUUCUAUCGAUUAAUAAUAUCGAUAUUCAAAAUCAUUCGCAUGAAGACGUUGUUAAUAUGAUUCGGCAAUCACGUGAACGACCGUUUGGAGAAUUAGAACUUCUUGUUCGACCUGUCCAGCAACGGCAUUCAUCAGUUAAUAACGAUACUGAUUCAGAGGAUGCAUACGAUAAUGGGCUGUUGAAUUUAAAUGUGAAAAAUCCUCUAGAGCAAUCGCUGGAAGCCUUGCGCGAUGAUCUUGCCACGGGUCAACUUAUCGAACAGUAUGAAAUGCUUCAACGACGGAAAGAAGGUUUCACAUUUGAAAUUGGUACUAGUCAAAACAAUUAUUAUCGAAAUCGUUAUAAAGACGUUCUACCUUACGAUCAAACGCGUGUUAUUCUCAAAUCUGGCUUCGAUAGUGAUUAUAUCAAUGCAAAUUUCAUCAAUAUGCCUAUCACGUCCACGGAUACUGUCAAUCGCUACAUUGCAACACAGGGACCAUUACCAACGACAUGUGAAGCGUUUUGGACAAUGAUUUGGGAACAGCAAUGCACAUUGUUAAUUAUGUUAACAACCUUGUUUGAAAAUGGGCGAACGAAAUGCCAUCAGUAUUGGCCGAAUGUCUUGGAAACUAAUGACUAUGGAUUGCUUAGUGUACGAUGUCGCCGUGAACGAAAAGAAAAUCAACUUGUUUAUCGAGAAUUUGUAUUCACACACAAGGAAACCAAUGAAGAGCGUACUAUUUACCAAAUUCAAACUGAAACAUGGCCGGAUCAUGGUGUACCCAAUGACUAUACAUCAUUCGUCGAAUUUGUUUUGGAAAUACGAGAAUUAAGAAAAUCAAAUCAUCAUUUGCCUAUUCUUGUUCAUUGCAGUGCUGGGAUUGGUCGAACAGGUGUUUUAAUCUUGAUGGAAACAGCUCUGUGUUUAAUUGAAACAAAUCAACCUGUUUUUCCACCUGAUAUUGUUCGACAGAUGCGUGAACAACGCUUAGGAAUGAUUCAAACCGCUAGUCAAUAUCAAUUUGCAUGCGGAGCUGUACUUUAUGCUUAUGAUCAAGGCUUAGUACAAAUAAGCGGCAAUUAA